UGCGCACACCCCAACCUAAACCAAAGCAACACAACGGGGGUUUGGGUCCAAGUUCAGGCCUACCCGAGACUGGGGGAGACCGGCACGAACUUGGACUGCCUUCGAUACCGCCUCGGUGUCUUCUUUCCACGAAAACCACGAUACGGCCUUACAUGUAUUGACUGAUACUGCCCCAGGGGCCACACGCUAUCGCCAAACACACCCAGACACGCACCGAGCAACCAUGUCUGACAUCAAGGAUGUCUUCAAAAACGGAUGGCAUCCCGACAAGGGCACGACCCUGAAGCAACAAGUGAGCGGUGUGUUUAGCAGAGGCGGCGACUCCAGCCAACGGUCGACUUCCCACAAUGUCACGCCGCUUUCGCAACUGAAAGACCCCUCGUCCUUCGCCCCGCCCCCGAAGCGGUCCAUCGCACCGCCGCCGCCGCCGCCUCUGUCCCGGCCGACCACGUCCUCAGCCCAGCCCCAGCCGCCCCCGAUCCCCGCGAGGUCUAGCAGUGGCUACAGUGGAGGUGCAGCUGGAGGAUCCGGGGCGUCCAUUAGUCCACCGCCCUUGCCCGCGGCAGGCUCCGGGCCACCAAGGCUGCCGCCGAGAUUGCCUCCUCGACCUGCCUCGGGCGCUUCGUCCCCCGGAGUUUCCCCAUCCACCCUUUCGGCACCGCCCCCGAUCCCGCUGAGCCAGAGUCCAUCCGUGCUGAACCAGGGCGCCAUUGGCCGGCUCGGCGCUGCUGGCAUCUCUGUGCCAGGGCUGGGUAUCGGGUCCGGCUCCAGGACCUCCUCGCCGCAGGACUCCUCCGCCUCCUCCAGCCCUUCUCAACUCGGCGGGUUGCAGGCUCGCUUUGCGAAACUGGGCACAUCGUCGUCUCCAUCUCCCGCCAACCCCACACAGCCCCGACCUCCCCCGAGCGAGGGAACCACGUUUGCGCAGAAGCAGGCCGCGCUGAAGACGGCGGCCGACUUCCACAAGGACCCCAAAUCCGUCUCGCUGUCUGACGCCCGCGCGACCGCCUCGACCAUGAACAACUUUCGGCAGCGCCAUGGCGAUCAGGUCGCCGCCAGCGCGAAAGCCGCGAAUGGACUGAACCAAAAGUACGGCGUCACCGACAAGGUCGCCGCAUACUCGCAGCAACAUCAGGGCGCCGCGACGUCGCCGACUACGGCCAACUCUACCCCAGCAGGGUCCCAACAGGGCGAGGCACAGCCAGGACUGAGAAGCCUGGCGUCUGCAGGUGCACUUGCCGCGGGCGCUCUCGCAAAGAAGAGGCCGCCGCCUCCUCCGCCGCCCAAGAGAAAGCCCGACAUCAACCGAGGCGCCACCAGCGCCACCGUGGCCGACGACGAGCCGCCACCAAUUCCUCACGCAACCAGGCCUAUAUUUUAGCGCCGGUACCCGAGCGGCAUCCAUGGCCUCGCACGAGACCCGUCUCAAGCCGAUUUGUAUCGGUUUUGUGAAUACAUACGGGUACGGCAUGACGUUCAUUUUUUCUACGAUAUGCCAUUGACCGGAUCCAGAUACUUACAACGGCAUUCCCUACUGCCGUAUCACAAACGAAACACCACCUGGUUAGUUGGUUUUCUUGACCGGUGUAGAACCCCGGAACAAUACCCUUAAUCAAAUUGAAUUGGGACCAGGGCAUGCUGCUUGUGCUCGUUUCUUCUUUUUUUUUUUUUGGUCUUUUUUUU